AUGGCGCAUUCUGCUUCUUAUCUAGAGAGGGGCGCUGAAAUCCUUUCUAUGGGCUCGUGCGUGGCAGCUGAAACUAAUCGAGCUCCGUUUGAUCUCCCAGAAGCGGAAGCUGAAUCAGUUGCAGGCUAUAAUGUAGAAUAUGCGCGGGAUGCGAUCCUUAAUAGUUCACUGUUGGCGGAAGCCAAUGUCACGGGGUCCCGGGGACUCAUUCUGACUGAAACAAGGGGCGGGUCUUUACCAACUUUUCAAUCUGCUAUUUUAGGGAAGCCAAAAAACGUGAGCGCCUAG